UAAGAGGAAAAGAUGGUGAGCAGCGUGGACACAUUCGACUUACGAAGGACAUAUUUCAUAUUUGUUAUUGUGAUUAAAUAGGAGGAGGGGGCAUCAGUUCGGAUUUCGGGGUUUUUGUUCUAAAUUUUUUCAUCACUGUCCUCCACUCUUCUCCGUGGAAGUGAAAGACGGACGGAGAGUUCAGAGUAUUUGCGUCAUUGCGUGGUUAAAAAAACCCUAGAAAUCACACGCACACGAACGCAUUGUGUGGCAGGGAGUGUAAAAAACAAAACCCCUCGAAUCCCUGAUUUCUGGCUGGGGUUUUUCCAAACUCUUGCAGGGAACGUUUCUAAUAUUUAGAUGCCAAUGGAGGAGUCAUCUGAUGCCAAGGAAGAUAUUGCUAUUAGUAAGGGUGAUAAUCUUUCAAAUGGGUUUGUUACGGAUGAAGAUGAUGAGGAAUUUAUUGAAUCAUAUAGCAUACAUGAUCUGGACCAAGAGUUUUUGAAAAGAUUUUGUAAGAAGGCAGCCAUGUCAUUCUUUAACGAGUAUGGUCUCAUUAGUCACCAAAUUAACUCAUACAAUGACUUCAUUGAGAAUGGUCUCCAGAAGGUAUUUGAUUCUUUUGGUGAGAUUAUUGUUGAGCCUGGAUUUGACCCUUCAAAGAAGGGAGAGAGUGAGUGGCGAUAUGCUUCAGUUAGAUUUGGGAAGGUCAGCCUUGACCAACCAAGCUUCUGGGGUGGUGAGAAGGACAACGAUAUGUUUCCUAGGCAUGCCCGGCUUCAGAACAUGACGUACUCAUCAAAGAUGAAAGUGAAAAUUCAUGUUCAGGUAUAUACUCAAAAACUUGUCAGAAGUGACAAGUUUAAAACUGGAAAAGAUCAAUAUAUCGACCGAGAUGUCAUAACUGAAGAUAACAGGGAUAUCACAAUAGGGAGGAUCCCUGUGAUGGUGAAGUCCGAUAUCUGCCGAAUGAAAGGAGCAGAGAAAAGAGACUGUGAGUUUGAUAAUGGAGGUUAUUUUUUGAUCAAGGGUGCAGAGAAGACAUUUGUUGCUCAGGAGCAGCUAAGUAUGAAGAGGCUUUGGAUUUUGAAUAAUCAAGGUUGGACAGUUGCAUACAAGUCAGAAACAAAGAAGAAUAGGUUAAUCAUGAAACUGGUGGGGAUUUCUAAAAUUGAAGAUAUCAAAGGAGGAGAGAAAGUUCUUACUGUAUAUUUCUUGUCGACAGAAAUCCCUUUAUGGAUAUUGUUUUUUGCUCUUGGUGUAUCAUCAGACAGAGAAGCUAUGGACCUGAUUGAUUAUGACAUUGAAGAUGCCAGCAUAUCGAAUAUACUGUUUGCCUCAAUUCGCGAAGCUGAUGAGAAAUGUGGUGGCUUUCGUAGAGCAAAGAAAGCUCUAAGUUAUGUAGAUAAACUUGUAAAGAAUACCAAAUUUCCUCCUGGGGAAUCUAUUGAAGAGUGCUUUAGCAAGUAUCUGUUUCCGGGACUCAAGGUCCCAAAACUGAAGGCUCGUUUUCUUGGGUAUAUGGUGAAGUGCCUCCUGCAGGCUUACACUGGCUGCAGAAAAUGUGAUAACAGGGAUGAUUUUAGAAACAAGAGGUUUGACUUGGCAGGUGAGCUACUUGAGCGGGAGCUGAGAGUGCAUCUUGCACAUGCACGGAAGCGCAUGGCAAAGGUUUUGCAGAGAGACCUUUAUGGAGAGCGUAGUGUGCGUCCAAUUGAACACUAUCUGGAUGCUUCCAUAAUCACCAAUGGUCUUACACGAGCAUUCUCAACUGGAGCAUGGUCACAUCCUUUCAAGAGGAUGGAAAGGAUUUCAGGUGUAGUGGCAACACUAGGGCGAACAAAUCCAUUACAGACAUUGGCUGAAAUGAGGAGAACACGCCAGCAGGUUCAGUACACAGGGAAAGUUGGCGAUGCCAGAUACCCACAUCCUUCUCACUGGGGGAGGGUAUGCUUUCUGUCUACUCCAGACGGUGAAAAUUGUGGGCUUGUGAAAAAUUUGGCCAUCACUGGCCUAGUAAGCACAAACAUAUUGGAGCCUAUGACUCAUAUAUUUUUUGAUUGUGGGAUGGAGGAGUUGGCAGAUGAUGCUUCAAUGUGUAGAAAAUAUAAAGUGUUUUUGAAUGGGGACUGGGUUGGAGUUUGUGAAGAUUCCAUUUCAUUUGUUGCUGAGCUCAGGAAUAAACGACGCCAAAAGCUGUUGCCACAUCAGGUUGAAAUCAAAAGAGAUGAGCAGCAUGAAGAAGUGCGCAUAUUUUCUGAUGCUGGUAGGAUUCUACGGCCUCUUUUAGUUGUUGAAAAUUUGAACAAGGUUAAAGGAUAUAAAGGUGAAAAUUACACCUUCCAAUAUCUUUUGGAUAAGGGCAUAAUUGAGCUAAUUGGAACUGAGGAAGAAGAAGACUGUCGUACUGCAUGGGGCAUCAAGUAUCUGUUCAUGGAAAAAGAGGGAAAGUCACCUGCUCAGUACACCCACUGUGAACUAGAUAUGUCAUUUUUAUUAGGUUUGAGCUGUGGAAUUGUCCCAUAUGCAAAUCAUGACCAUGCCAGAAGGGUCCUUUACCAGUCUCAGAAGCACUCUUCACAGGCUAUAGGGUUCUCCACAACAAAUCCUAACAUUAGAGUAGAUACUCUGUCUCACAGUCUAUUGUAUCCUCAGAGGCCACUUUUCAGGACUAUCGCCUCUGAUUGUCUUGGAAAACCAGGAUCUCCUCUGGGUCAUCAUGGAAUACUGCCAAAGCCUGAAUUAUACAAUGGCCAGAAUGCUAUUGUGGCAGUCAAUGUUCACCUAGGGUACAACCAAGAAGACUCCUUGGUGAUGAACAAGGCUUCGUUGGAGCGUGGUAUGUUUCGGUCUGAGCACAUUAGAAGCUAUAAGGCCGAGGUUGACAAUAAGGAAACUUUGGAAAAGAGGCGGAAACCUGAUGAUUGUGUCAACUUUGGCAAGAUUCAAAGUAAGAUUGGACGCGUUGACAGUCUUGAUGAUGAUGGUUUCCCUUUCAUUGGUGCAAACCUGCAGAGUGGUGACAUUGUCAUAGGGAGGUGUGCAGAGUCUGGGAAUGACCACAGUAUUAAAUUGAAGCACACUGAAAGGGGCAUGGUUCAGAAAGUUGUGCUGUCUUCUAAUGAUGAUGGAAAGAAUUUUGCUGUGGUGUCCCUGAGACAGGUUCGAUCCCCAUGUCUUGGAGACAAAUUCUCAAGCAUGCAUGGGCAAAAAGGUGUUCUAGGCUUUUUGGAGUCGCAAGAGAACUUCCCUUUCACAAUACAAGGGAUAGUACCGGAUAUUGUAAUAAAUCCACAUGCAUUUCCUUCACGACAAACUCCUGGUCAACUCCUAGAGGCUGCUUUAGGGAAGGGAAUAGCUUGUGGUGGUUCCUUGAGAUAUGCCACCCCAUUCUCCACACUCUCUGUUGAUGCCAUCACGGAACAGCUUCAUAGGGCUGGAUUUUCAAGAUGGGGAAAUGAGAGAGUAUACAAUGGACGAACUGGCGAAAGGGUUCGCUCCCUCAUAUUUAUGGGCCCAACUUUCUAUCAGCGUCUGAUUCACAUGUCUGAAGACAAGGUCAAAUUUCGCAACACUGGUCCAGUCCAUCCUCUUACCCGACAACCAGUGGCAGAUCGGAAGCGAUUUGGUGGGAUCAAAUUUGGUGAGAUGGAGCGUGACUGCCUUAUAGCACAUGGUGCCUCAGCGAACUUGCAUGAACGCCUUUUUACACUCAGUGACUCCUCCCAAAUGCACAUAUGCCAAAAAUGCAAAAAUGUUGCCAAUGUGAUCCAACGGUCUGUGACUGGUGGCCGUAAGAUUAGGGGUCCGUAUUGCCGGGUCUGUGAAUCAUUAGAUGACAUUGUAAAGGUUAAUGUCCCUUAUGGGGCUAAGCUAUUGUGCCAGGAACUUUUCAGUAUGGGCAUAAAUCUGAAGUUUGAAACCCAGCUCUGUUGAGCUAUGAUCAUUGGAGUUGUUUGUCAACUUUUAGGCAGGGAUUAUUUUGUUAAUGUUUGGAUUUGUUUCCUCAAAUAUCUGUACAUCCCAGUCGGUUGUGUUAAUUUCAAAGACAACUGUUUCUCUACUUUAAGGCAGCUAUUAUUUCGUUAA